ACAUGGACCUGCCAGUCAGAAGAGGAGGCGGUUCUUCCGGGUCAAGCUUGCAAGCUCCUUUCUGUAACUCAGCAGUCAUGAGAGUUUCUGUGUGAUGUGUUAUGCGUGACUCUACUGGGUGUUGUGAGAGGAGGUUAGUCAAGCUCAGAACUCCAAACAUGGAUUUAGUCACCUAUGAUGACGUGCAUGUGAACUUCACUCAGGAAGAGUGGGCUUUGCUGGAUGCUUCUCAGAAGAGUCUCUACAAAGGUGUGAUGGUAGAGACCUAUAGGAAUCUCACAGCUAUAGGUUACAGUUGGGAAGAACAUACAAUUGAAGACCAUUUCCAAACUUCUAGAAGUCAUGGAAGGCAUGAAAGACGUUCUUCUGCAGAGCAACACUCUGAGUUUAUUCCAUGUGGUAAAGCCUUUGCAUAUCAGAGUCGUAGUCAAAGGCAUGUAAGAAUACACAAUGGAGAGAAACACUAUGAGUGUAACCAAUGUGGUAAAGACUUUGGAACAAGGAGUGUCCUCCAAAGACUUAAACGAACACAUACAGGAGAAAAACCCUAUGAAUGUAACCACUAUGGUAAAGCCUUUGCAGAAAGCAGUACUCUCCAAAUCCAUAAGCGAAAACAUACAGGAGAGAAACCAUAUGAAUGUAACCACUGUGUUAAAGCCUUUGCAAAAAUGAGUAAACUCCAAAUACAUAAACGAAUACAUACAGGAGAGAAACCCUAUGAAUGUAAGCAAUGUGGUAAAGCCUUUACACAAAGCAGUCAUCUCGGAAUCCAUAAGCGAACACAUACAGGAGAGAAACCCUAUGAAUGUAAACAAUGUGGUAAAGCCUUUACACGAAGCAGUACUCUCCAAACCCAUAAGCAAACACAUACAGGAGAGAAACCCUAUGAAUGUAAACAAUGUGAUAAAGCUUUUGUAAGAAGGGGAGAACUCCAAAUCCAUAAGCGAACACAUACAGGAGAGAAACCCUAUGAAUGUAAGCAAUGUGGUAAAGCCUUUGCACAAAGUGGUACUCUCCAAAUCCAUAAGCGAACACAUACUGGAGAGAAACCCUAUGAAUGUAAGCAAUGUGGUAAAGCCUUUGCACAUAGCAGUACUCUCCAAAUCCAUAAGCGAACACAUACAGGAGAGAAACCGUAUGAAUGUAAACAGUGUGAUAAAGCUUUUGUAAAAAGGGGAGAACUCCAAAUCCAUAAGCAAACACAUACAGGAGAGAAACCCUAUGAAUGUAAACAAUGUGGUAAAGCCUUUGCACAAAGUGGUACUCUCCAAGUACAUGAGCGAACACAUACAGGAGAGAAACCCUUUGAAUGUAACCAAUGUGGUAAAGCCUUUGUACAAUGCAUUGCUCUCCGAAUACAUGAACGAACACAUACAGGAGAGAAACCCUAUGAAUGUAAACAAUGUGGUAAAGCCUUUGCACAUAGCAAUACUCUCCAAAUACAUAAGCGAACACAUACAGGAGAGAAACCCUAUGAAUGUAAACAAUGUGGUAAAGCCUUUGCACAUAGCAGUACUCUCCAAAUACAUAAGCAAACACAUACAGGAGAGAAACCAUAAGAAUGUAAACAAUGUGGUAAAGCUUUUAAAAGAAGUGGUGACCUUCUAAUACAUAAGCGAACACAUACAUGAGAGAAACCCUGUGAAUGUAAGCAACGUGGUAAAGUUUUUAUAAGAAGUGUUGACCUUCAAAUACAUAAGCGAAGACAUACAGGAGAUAAACCCUAUGAAUGUAAACAAUGUGGUAAAGCUUUGCAGAAAGCAGUACUCUCCAGAUAUAUAAGCGAACACGUACAGGAGAGAGACCCUAUGAAUGUAACUAGUGUGGUUAAGCCUUUGCAGGAAGCAGUGGUCUCCAAUGUCAUAAAAGAACACAUACAGGAGAAACACCCCAUGAAUGAAACCAAGGUAAUAAACCCUUUGCAGGAAGCAGUGGUCUUGAAUAUCAUCGAAUACAUACAGCUGAAAAACCCUAUGUAUUUAACCAAUGUGGUAAAGCCUUUGCAGGAAGGAGUGACCUCCAAAGACAAAAGAUCAUACAGAAGAGAAAGUCUACGAAGGCAUCUAAUGUUAUAAAGUCUUUGCAGCAAGCAUUGAUCUCCAUGUAUAUAAAUGAACACAUACCAGAGAGGAACCUUUUAAAUGUAACCAACAUGGUAAAGCUUUUUCAAAAACCAAUAGUCUUUACAUACAUAAAAGAAUAUAUACUUGAGAGAAAUGCUUUGACUUUAACCAAUGUGGUUAAACUUUUUCAGAAAGCAGUCAUCAACAAAAUCAUAAAACAACACGUAUAGGAGAGAGAUUUUUGAAUGUUAGCAAUGUGCUUUUACACCUUUUUUCACAAACAGUGGCCUCAAAAUAUAUAAGGAAACACGUACUGGAGAGAAAACCUAUGAAUAUCAGCAAUGUCCUGAAACCCUUCUACAUCACAAUCAUCUUCAAAUCCAUAAAGAACAUGUAGUGGAGAAAAAUCCUCUGAAUAUCACUAAUUAGGUAAAGCAGUUAUAAAGAGUCAUCUCCUAACACAAAAGUAUACACACUGGAUAGAAACCCUAUGAAUAUAAGCAAUGUGGUAAAUGUUUUAUAAGUCACAGUAUUCUCUAAGUAAAUAAAGGAAGACACACUUGAGAGAAACCCUAUGAAAGUUAUUAAAGGUACAAAGCCUUGUACAUUAAAAUCUUCAAAUACAUAAAAGAAGACAUAGAGGUAAGAAACCCUAUGUCUGCAAGCCAUGUGGUAUUGCCUUCACUUGUCAAUCGUAUUCAAUGACACAAAAGAAAUCAUAAUGUAGACAAAAUCCUGUGAGAGUAGUUAAUAUGGUGAAGCUUUUUGAAUAUUUCUAGAGUCUUCACAAUGAAACAAUCCAUACUGCCAAGAAAUUUAGGAAUAUAAUAUGGUGAAACCUUUUCAGAUUCUCAAAUCUUUAUCAUUAUGAAAGAGAAACCCUAUGAAUGCAUUAAAUAUGGGGAAGCCUUUAAACAUUACUAAUUCUUCAUCAUCAUGAAAAUAAUCAUACAAAGGAUUCAAGAGGAUACAGGGGUGUUUCUUACUGUAUUGCUUGAGUUACAGUCCUGACAUCCUUUGGUGAUCAACAGCAAUUUGGAAAGUGUAAGCUGAAGAAACCCUUUCCUCCCCUCUGCUUCUUGCUCAUCAUGUUUGUGAAGGAAUAGAAACCCUGACUAAGACAAAUUGGUAUGAGGAGUGGGUAUUCCUGUGACAACCUGACCAUGUUUUGGGAGGACUGUGGAAGGAUUUUGGAACUUUGGGCCAAAGGACACAUUCAGUUUUCAGAACUCUGUGGGAUGUUGUGUAGGAGCUUGGAAGAUAAUGUUGAGAACAGUGCAGAAGAUGGAGGCCUGGCUUGUGAAAUUUCAGAGGGAAAAUUAAAGACUCUUUUCAGUGCCAUUGCUAUUUUGGAUUGUGAAGAUUCUGGGUUCUAACUAGCUAGGGCUGAAGAAUCAGCUGUGAUUAACAAGAUACCAGAACUACUAGAGUGAAAACUUGGCAUUAUUGGGACUAUUGAUGCUGGUUAGCUGGAGCUGAGAAAUUAGCAGUAAUUAAGAAGAGACCAGCAUCAUUGGGCUGACAUCUUCUCGGAAGUGUUUGCCGAGAGCACAGAGGCUGUGUUCCAGAGAUAGCCAAGGUUUACCUUGUGCUAUGGCUGGACUUGGUAACGUGUAAGAGUUACCCAGGUGGUACUGGUUUUGCUGGCAUGAAGGGAUCAGACAGAGCAGCUGAGGCUCAGCACUAUGAGAGGCCAUGGAAGGCCAUUGGUGAAGGUGCAGCCUCAGAUGCAAUUGAUGACCCAGGACUGUGGUGUCAUGCAGUGUUUGGAGAAGCCAGGACCAUGAAUGACCAAGAACAGCAGCAGCAGUAAAGUAUAGGCAUCUGGAGUCUAGAGGACAAGCUGUGUGCUACAAAGGACAGGGCUAGAGAAGUGACCCAAGCCCUUGGAGGAGCCCAGAAGAUCAUGAGUUGGAUCCCAGACGUUGGACAGUUGGAAUUUAAUUUUUCUUUUGAUUGUGACUGUGCCCUCAUAUUUUUCCCUUUGAAGGAAGAAAAUAUUUUAGUGGAUUCCACAGUUAAGAGACUUUUAAUUGUAAAAGAGUUUGGAUUUUAAAGGAUAUUGAAUAUUUUAAAAGGAUUGAACUUUUAAUAUGUAAAGACUAUGGGACUGUGAUGGUUUGUAUAUCCUUGGACCAGGGAGUGGCACCAUCUGAAGGUGUGACCUUGGUGCAAUAGGUGUGACCUGGUUGGAAUGGGUGUGUCACUGCGGGUGUGGGUAUAAGAUCCUCACCCUAGUUGCCUGGAUGUCAGUCUUCCACUAGCAGUCUUUGGAUGAAGGCAUAGAACUCUCAGCUCCUCCUGUGCCAUGCCUGCCUGGAUACUGCCAUGCUCCCACCUUGAAAAUGGACUGAACCUCUAAACCUGUAAGCAAGCCCCAAUUAAAUGUUUUUUGUAAGACUUGCCUUGGUCAUGGUAUCUGUUCACAGCAGUAAAACCCUAACUAAGACAGAAGUUGGUACCAGGAGUGGGGUAAUGCUGUGAUAGGCCUGACCAUGCUUUUAUUUGAAAGAAUGUGGAUUUUGGACUUUGGAUUUGGGAAGCAGUGGAAUGCUUUAAAUGGAGCUUAAUGGGUCAUCCUAGUAGGAAGAUGGAAGACUUUGUUGCUGGGAGUGAUUUGAACUGUGUUGACCUGUCCCAACAGAUUUCAAAGGAGAAGAAUUUCAGAAUGUGACAUAAAGGCUGUUUUUGUGGUAUUUUGGUGAAGAAUGUGGCUACUUUUUACCCUUGUCUGAAAUGUCUGCCUGAGGCUAAGGUGAAGCGACUUGGAUUAAUUGCAUUAAUUGCAUUGACAUAGGAAGUUUCAAAAAAGCCCAGCAGAGACUCUGUUCUCUGGUUAAGUCUCACAAAGAGAAUUUUGAACAAGUAUAGAAAGCUUAGAAAGGCAAAAUUUGAAAUAUAUGGUUUGAGUAUUAAAGGGGUGCCAGGAAGUGAAACGGAGCAAAAUACUGUGUUCUAGGAGAUAAAAGAUUAAGGGAGUGGGACCUUGGGGCAAGAUUCUACCCAGCUUAAUUAGAUCCAGGUAUGGUGGUACACACCUUUAAUCCCAUGAGACAAGCAUGCUGAUCUCUGCAUUCAAGGUCAAUCUACAAAGCAAGACCCAGGAUAGCCAAGCUUAGGCAGUGAAGGAUUUAGAAAACAUAAAGCUAGUGAUAAUGUAAUAGUACAAGGGGAUCAUGUUCUAGUUCCUGUAAGCAGCAGAUCUCGGCAGCUUCAGCCAUGUGGCACUGACUCUAGAGUUAAGAAUGGAAGGAACUACUGGGAAAAUUGAUGCUGGUUAGCUGGAGCUAAGGAAUUAGUGAUGAUUAAGAAGAGGCCAGCAUCGUUGAGGUGAAAUCUUCUGGAAAUUGUUUUCUGGGAGCACAAAGAAGCUGUGUUCCUAAGAUACCCAAGAUUGUACCUCAUGCUGCGGCUGGACUUGGUAAUGUGUAAGAGUCACUCAGGUGGUACUGCUUGUGAAGGAAUGAAGGGAUCAUGGAGAGAAGCUGAGGCUUAGCACUGUGAGAGGCCAAGGAAGGACACUGGAGAAGGUGAAGCCUCAGCUGUAGUUGAUGGCCCAGGACUGAAGGGGUCAUGCAAAGGAUUUGAGGCUUGGCACCCUGAAGAUAGCCUAUGAGAGGCUAUUGGUGAAGCCUAGUUGGAGUGGAACACCACAGUGUAUUGAAGAUGUCAGUACCAUGGGAUGAUCAUCAAGAACAGCAGCUGUAGUGGAGUGGAUCAACCUGAGCAUAGAGUGCUACAGAGACAGAGAUGGAGAAGUGAUGCCAGCCCUUAGGAGGAGUCCAAAAGAUCAAGUGGAAUCCCAGACACUGAAAGAAGAAGCUGUAACAUUGAAAUUGCCUUGGAGACUCAGAGAUGUUAAAGAUGCCAGAGCCAUGGGAUAUAUGCUGAGGAAAGCUGCUAACAGGGAGUGGAACCAGCCCAGGAGAAAGCAGUUUGUUGCAGUCAACAAAGAUGAAAAAGGAGUGGAGAUCUGAAGACCACUUUGACAUCAGCCAUGGAGAUGCAGAGUUUGGAGUUUGCCCAGAUGGUUUCCUGCCUUAAUUUGGGGAUUACAGAUAAGUUGAAUGAAUCUCAGAAAAGACCUUGAACUUUGGACUUUUAACAUUGUUGCAACUGCUAUAGACUAUGAGGACUUUGAAAGUUAGAUUAAAUGCAUUUUACAUUAUGCUAUGUUUAAGUAUGGCCCCCAUAGACUCAUGUUUUUGAACAAGUCUAUGGGGACCAGGGAGUGGAAUGUAAUGGUUUGUAUAUCCUUGGACCAGGGAGUGGCACCAUCUGAAGGUGUGGCCUUGUUGCAAUAGGUGUGACCUGGUUGGAAUGGGUUUGUCAUUGUGGGUGUGGGUAUAAGAUCCUCACCCUAGUUGCCUGGAAGUCAGUCUUCAACUAGCAGCCUUUGGAUGAAGACAUAGAACUCUCAGCUCCUCCUGCUCCAUGCCUGCCUGGAUACUGCCAUGCUCCCACAUUGAUAAUGGACGGAACCUCUGAACCUGUAAGCCAGCCCCAAUUAAAUGUUGUUUUUUAUAAGACUUGCCUUGGUCAUGGUAUCUGUUCACCGCAGUAAAACCCUAACUAAGACAGGGACAUUUAAAGUUGUUUAGAUCUUGGGGAUGAAUAAACUAAGGGUUGAGGCUUACUAGUGAUGUAUUUGUGUGUCAAGUUGACAAGGGGUCAAUUGUACUGACAAGUUUGGUGUCAACUUGACACAAGCUGGAGUUAUCACAAAGAAAGGAGCUUCAGUUGGGGAAAUGCCUCCAUGUGAUCCAGCUGUAAGGCAUUUUCUCUCCCCCCCCCCCCCUUUGAUUUUUUGAGACAGGGUUUCUCUGUGUAGUGCUUGCUAUCCUGGAACUCACUUUGUAGUCCAGGCUUACCUCAAACUCAGAAAUCCACCUGCCUCUGCUUCCUGAGUGCUGGGAUUAAAGGUGUGUGCCCCCACACCAAGCUCUUUCUUUUUUGGAGGACAGCCAUUUUCUCAAUUAGUGAUCAAGGGGGAAAGGCUGCUUGUGGGUGGGACCAUCUCUGGGCUGGUAGACUUGGGUUCUAUAAGAGAGCAGGCUGAGCAAGCCAGGGGAAGCAAGCCAGUAAAUAAACAUCCCUCCAUGGCCUCUACUUAAGCUCCUGCUUCCUGACCUGCUUGAGUUCCUGUCCUGACUUCCAUUGUGAUGAACAGCAGUAUGAAAGUGUAAGCUGAAUAAAUUCUUUCCUCCCCAACUUGCUUCUUGGUCAUGAUGUUUGUGCAGGAAUAGAAACUCUGAAUAAGAUAAGGGGUAGAAGGUGUGGAUUGUAUUAAAAAAAAGAGUAAACAAUAAAAGAAAGAAACAUAUAUAUAUAUAUAUAUAUAUAUAUAUAUAUAUAUAUAUAUAUAUAUGUAUAUGUAUGGGAGGGACAGGCAGAAACAUUCCUUCAAAAUUAUAGCUUUGUAAGACCCCCUUUCAGGGACUGCUGCUCUAGUCUGGGGAGAGAGAGUGCACCCAAAGAAACACAAGAAUCUUCCUUACUGUAAACACAUGCGGUAGGUUAAUGACAGAGCUCCAUGUCAAAAACGAAUCUCACACAGGAGACACUAGAUUCGACCACGAGGCUCGAAAGCUAGGGGUUUUUUAUGGGGUAAAGGGCUUAGGGGUGGGGAACUCAGCAUCGUGACACACUAUUGGCUUAUUCAAACAUCAGCAAAAGAAUACGUGCAGGUCAGGGUUCUGUGAGUUGUUGACUCAGUUCAGAUAGCCCUGUUAUGUCCUCAUAUUGCUCUUUAUCUUUUUGGUCAAGCUGUUCCCAGGAAUGCCCUGGUUUGUUUUUCUUUGUUCUCAUCCCCAGGAGCCUCUAAGCUUACAAACAACCAGCAAUUUCUGAGUACUUUAUAUGACUUACAGGUCUUGAAAUUUCAUCUUUCUUUCAGCUUCAUUUUCACACCAAUCAGGAUUUAAGGACAGGGGCUUAUGUAGUUUACUGGAUCAACUGUUAUAGAAUAUAGGUAUUAUAGUUUAAACAAUCAUUUGGAUUUCUUCUUUGGUGGUAAAGAACAGGUGUUAUGUUUUGAGAAGCACACUAUGAAAAGCAGAAAGCUUUGUUAGAGACAGUCAUGUUUUCAAAAACAAAAUAUGAGUAAAGUUAGGUUGGAUCUCCACAAUACCUGAUGCCUGGAAACUUGAACGUAGUUUCACCAUAUGAGUAAAUGGAGGGUAAUAACCAAAAGGCAAUACUUAGGGCCUGGUGCUUGGAUUUGCCUUGUUUUUCUGUUUAUUCCCAAUUGUUUAUUGGUUCUCAUGCUACUCAUGUUAAAUUGUUCCCAAAUUUCAUGAUAAUCUUGCAUUUGAGACACUGAGAUUCCCUGCCCCAAGCUGAUUAUAACUGGGAAAGUAAAGUGCCAGCAGCCAAUGGCUAGGGAGGAGACACAGGCAGGAUUUUUGGAUUCAUGACAAGGGGAACAAAGAGGAUCUCCAUGCCAGUAAAGGAAUUGGAUGCUGGCUUGAGAGAUGGGAAAGACAGAAUACCAGCCACAUAAGAGCUGUGGAAGAGUAGUCCCAGUGUUCCCUCUUCUGAAUGGUUCUGGGGAAGCAGAGAUGGGCUAUAGAUUUUAGUAAUUCAGGACUGCCAUAGAGGAGCUAUUAGCAAUGUGGAUGAUUGGGAGUGUCCCAUCUAAUGAGCUGAUUUGGCAUAUUAAAUUAAGCUUUUUUUCUUUCAUUUCAGACUCCAAAGUAUUUGCAAGCUGAGCUAGGAACUUACACAGGUGGCAUCCUAUAGUAGAGCAGAGUAACAACUGAGUCUACAGAAGGCAUCACACCUAUAGGCUGAAACGCAGUAUUCAAAACUUACUGGAGAUUCUCGAAUGAAAAACCAAUGUUAAGAUGUGAAAUUAAGGGAUGGGGAAAAUUGGAUUCUUAGUGGAGUUGCUGGUUUUGCUGAGCCAUCUAGUUCCUCACCAAGUUGUGCAAGUUCACAACUAAAACAAAAGUUGAGCUGAAUUGGUUUGCAUAAUUCUUGGGUUCAUGGAAUGUGCUGGGACUCACCAAAAUCCUCCAUGUUGAUCCGGACAUCCUUGUUGGUCUGGAUUUACCAUGGGCCCUUCUCAAAGAUUUCUAUCUGUCUCAAAUAGUUUGAGCUUGUAGGUGCAGUACAGACAGACAGGUAGCUCAGAAAGAAGAGAUAGAGGUCGAUAGUAGAAGCUGCCCAGAGCUAUAAUCAGAAAAAA